AUGCGGAUCGUGGCAGCUGCAGGGAUGAAUCUCAGGAUCUGGGGAAACGCUGGGAAUGCCAGUAAAUCGGACAGAAGUGGGCCGAACAGAGGGAGGCUGGUGCUGCUGCUGUGGAUUAUCCUCUCCAGCUCGCUGUGCCUGAUGGUCGAGGGCCAGAUGAAGCUCUCACCGGAAACGGUGCAGCAGUGGGCUGUGUCCUUUGGCAAAGAGUUGGCUGCCCUGUCCGCCAGAUACUCUGGAGCUAAACUGCUACAGAAGAAAUACAAGGAUGUAGAGCCAGUGGUGAAGAUAGAGGAGGUGGACGGAGAGGAGCUAGUAAAGAAGUUUGCAGAGGAGAUGGAGGAGAUGCUUGGGAGGAAGAUGAAAUCUGUGAAGAGGUUGGCAGAAGCAGCAGAGGAUGCUGACCUUUACCACGAGUACAAUGAAACACUAACGUUUGAAUACUUUAACUCCAUUCUGGUCAACACGGUGGAUGAGGAUGGGAAUCCAGUGUCGCUGGGAGGAGAAUUCGCUCUGGAGAAGAAUGAACACUUCAAUAAACUGCCUGUCAACACACAACUGAGUAACAUACAAGUUCCUACUAAUGUUUACAACAGAGAUCCAGAUAUUCUGAAUGGAGCCUAUAUGUCUGAGGCUCUGAAUGACGUGUUCAUUGAUAACUUCCAGAAAGAUCCAACUCUGACCUGGCAGUACUUUGGCAGUGCUGCAGGCUUCUUCAGGUUGUACCCAGGGAUCCAGUGGAUUCCAGAUGAAAAUGGUGUGGUCACCUUUGAUUGCAGAAACAGAAACUGGUAUAUCCAGGCAGCCACGUCGCCUAAAGAUGUGGUAAUCGUGGUGGAUGUCAGUGGAAGCAUGAAGGGGCUCAGAUUGACCAUAGCCAAACACACCAUCAAUACAAUCCUGGACACACUGGGGGAAAAUGACUUUGUUAAUAUCAUAGCUUACAGUGAUUACGUUCGCUACGUGGAACCCUGCUUCAAAGGAACGCUGGUACAAGCUGAUCUGGAUAACAGAGAGCAUUUCAAGCUAUUGGUUGAGGGGCUUCAUGUCAAAGGCGAGGGCAGAGUGAAAAAUGCAAUGAAGGAGUCGUUUAAGAUCCUCAAUGAGGCUGCAGCACUGGGCCAGGGCAGCCUGUGUAACCAGGCCAUUAUGCUGAUAACAGACGGAGCCAUGGAGGACUUCCAGAGUGUUUUUGAAGAGUUCAACUGGCCAGAACGACGGGUUCGAGUUUUCACCUAUCUGAUUGGACGGGAGGUGACAUUUGCUGAAAAUGUAAAAUGGAUUGCCUGCAACAACAAGGGUUACUACACACACGUCUCCACACUGGCUGACGUCCAGGAAAACGUUAUGGAGUACCUCCAUGUUCUCAGCCGACCAAUGGUCAUCAACCACGAUCACGACAUCAUCUGGACUGAGGCCUACAUGGACAGUGUGCUGUUCAACAGUCAGGCCCAAAGCCUGCUCCUCAUGACCUCUGUAGCCAUGCCUGUGUUCAGCAAGAAAAAAGAGACUUUGUCACAUGGGAUUCUGCUGGGAGUGGUAGGAACUGAUGUGGCCUUGAAAGAAUUGAUGAGAUUAGCACCAAGAUACAAGCUUGGUGUCCAUGGUUACGCAUACCUCAUCACUAACAACGGCUACAUCUUGUCACACCCUGACCUACGACCUCUGUAUAAAGAAGGGAAGACGCUGAAGCCAAAACCCAACUAUAACAGUGUUGAUCUGGCUGAAGUGGAAUGGGAAGACACGGACGAGAAAUUGAGGACUGCCAUGGUUAAAGGAGAAACUGGGACGAUGGGGCUAGACGUGAGAGCGACUGUAGAUAAAGGAAGGAGAGUGAUGUUCCUGAAGAAUGAUUACUUCUACACCGUCAUCAACGAGACACCAUUCAGUCUGGGUAUAGUGCUGACUAGAGGAUAUGGACAGUAUAUCUUCAUUGGAAACGUCUCUGUUGAGGAGGGUCUCCAUGACUUACUGGCUCCAGACCUGACCAUAGCCAGUGAAUGGACCUACUGUGAGACAGACAUUGACCCGGCCCAUCGUAAGCUGAGCCAGUUGCAGGCGGUGGUGCGAUACCUCACUGGCAAAGAACCAGAUCUGGAGUGUGACGUGAAGUUGUUGCAACAAACUCUUUUUGAUGCUGUGGUCACGGCUCCUAUGGAAGCUUACUGGACCGCUCUCAUGCUCAACACAUCCGGUAUGGAUGAGGGGGUAGAAACUGCAUUCUUGGGGACCCGCUCCGGCCUGAUGAGGUUCCAGAGAUACGCUGGUAUUGAGAAAAGAGUUGCCAAGUCUUUCCUGACCUCCAAAGACAUGGAGAAUAUGUUCACAUUGGACCAUUUCCCAGUGUGGUACCGCAGAGCAUCCGAGUACCCAGCUGGACAGUUUCUAUACUACAUGCCCAGACAGGACACUAAAGCAGGGAGGAUAGUGAUCUCUACCACUGCUGUCACUGUAACGGUGGGAAAGAAAACCGCCAUCGCUGGAGCCAUCGGUGUCCAGAUGACUCUGGAUCUGAUUGAGUCUAAAUUCUGGGCUAUUGCAUCACAGCCAAAUGACACAGAUUGCUCUGAUACGGAUGGGGUUUGUCCUCUUCGGUGUGACAGCAUUGAUAUCGCAUGCUACGUGAUUGAUAAUAAUGGCUUUGUCCUAAUUUCUAAACAGCGUACGGAUGCGGGAAGAUUUUUUGGUGAGAUUGACGGAUCAGUGAUGACAACACUUAUCAGAAUGGGCAUGUUCAAAAGGGUGUCCUUGUUCGACUACCAGGCCAUGUGUAAGAUGAACCCGCACUCUGUCAGCAGCGCCCGUCCACUUCUCAGUCCGUUUUAUGGUUUGGCUUCAGUCCUCAAGUGGUUCCUCUCCAACUUCCUACUGUUUCUCCUGGAGUUUAAUAUCUGUGACUUCUGGCAUACGGAUCAUUUCGCUGAUGCCAAGCCAUCUUUCAGCGUGUCCUCAGCUCAUAAGAAAAGAGGGGACAUCCUGCAGCCAUGUGACACCGAAUACCCCAGCUUCGUCUACGAGCCGUCGGUCAAAGAGACCAACAGCAUUAUUAAGUGUGGACGCUGCCAGAAGAUGUUUGUGGUGCAACAGAUACCAGAGAGCAACCUGUUGAUGUUGGUGGUGCAGGCGGACUGUGACUGCUCCAGACAGUACUCAUCCAUUACAAUGGAGCCCAAGGAAGUCAAAUAUAAUGCCUCAGUGAAGUGUGACAGGAUGAGGUCCCAAAAGAUUCGCCGACGCCCCGAGUCCUGCCACGCCUACCACCCCCAGGAGAACGCCAAUGACUGUGGAGGAGCUUCUGCUAUAUCUCUCUCUGCCUCUCUCUUCCUCACCUGCCUCUCCUUCUUGACACUUGUUUCCUGA